AUGGCUGUGAGCCAUGGUGUUGAGUUUGAUACGGCUAUACCGUUACGGAAGAUAGAACUAAUGGCUGACGAGUUUGUUCGAGUGGAUCCUAUUGAUGAGUUGGACAAUAACAGAUCCAUAUCUAUCGCUAAAGAGAUGACAACUGACUUCAAUGAUCUUAACAAUGUGAAUAUGGAAUCUUCUCAUAAUGGCUGUGAUUCAAAAAGCCUUGGCUCUGCUCGUAAUAACGACUUGUUGGACCCUAUGAAAGCCCAAAAAUCAGACGAAAUGCAUGACCAAAAUGGAGUCACGAAACCUUCUUGCAUGCCUGGUGUUGGUGGGGUAGGCGGCGGUAAUAGAGGCAGCAGCGGUGGAGGAGGUGGUGGCGGUGGCAGUGGCGGAGGUGGAGCCUAUGGUAGCGGGUGUGGUGAAAAUGGCUGUAAUUACCCGCCCGUUGUACCUGGACCUCCACAAACAGGCGAAAACCCUUAUUGCAUGCCUGGUUGUGGCGUAGGUGGUGGUGGGGUAGGCGGCAGUAAUGGCGGAAGUGGCGGUGGAGGAGGCGGUGGUGGUGGCGGAGGUGGAGGUGGAGGAUAUGGUAGUGGUUAUGGUGAAAAUGGAAAUUGUAAUUACCCACCCGUUAUACCUGGACCCCCACAAACAAUUGGACCUAUAUGCAAUUGUCCAAUAACUCAACCAACAUUCCCAUUUCCUUGUCCAUAUGGAUGUCAGCCACCACCUAGUUAUGGCUGCCCAAAUGGAAAUUCCAGACUAACUCAUGACAAGGAAAAACAGAAUCAUCAGCCCAAGACUACUGAAAACGAAAAGCAAGAUGGAGAGCCAAUUAGGUCCGAGGAAAAGAUAAACAUAAAUGGUGAUGGAGAUAAGGAAAAACAAGAUGGAGAGACCAAUCUUGAGGAGAAGGAAAAUCAGGACACUAAUGUUGAGGACUGA